AUGGGAGAUAAUCAACAGAGAGUUUAUCCGGUUCUUCAAAUGGAAGCCAACAAGACGAAAACAUCAUCAGCUCCAGGAAAAGCAGACGUGCUUCCAAUACAACGGCCAAUUCCGCCACCUGCGGUGAUGUGUACUAAACGAAAUAUGUGCUGCAAAUGCUUCUGCUGGGCGUUAAGCCUUCUAGUCACUGCCUUGAUCGCGUUAGCGGUAGCGGUUGCGGUUAUAUACUUCGUCUUCCGCCCCAAACUCCCGCAAUACGAGGUGGACAGUUUACGAGUUAGCAACCUUGGAAUCAAUCUAGACCUCUCUCUUUCUGCGGAGUUCAAAGUCGAGAUCACGGCUCGUAAUCCGAACAAGAGAAUCGGGAUUUAUUACGAGAAAGGAGGCCAUAUCGGUGUGUGGUACACAAAGACAAAGCUCUGUGAAGGUCCCAUUCCGAGGUUUUAUCAGGGGCAUCGCAAUGUGACUAAACUGAAUGUGGCUCUAACCGGAAGAGCGCAGUACGGAAACACGGUCUUGUCCGCAUUGCAGCAGCAGCAACAGACAGGACGUGUGCCGUUAAAUCUCAAAGUGGAUGCGCCUGUUGCCGUUAAACUGGGGAAAUUGAAGCUGAAGAAGAUUCGGAUACUGGGGAAUUGCAAGCUUGUGGUUGAUAGUUUAUCAACAAACAAUAAAAUCAACAUCAAAGCUAGUGAUUGCAGUUUUAGGCUCAAACUUUGA